UUUGUCAGAGAGAUCACAAGUAGAUGUAGGGUUUGGUCUUAACCUCAGUCUCUCUUCUCUUAUAAAACUAAAUAUACUGAUUUUAGUCUGCCAGGCAUAUCUAUUUACCUUGAGUUAGUAAAGCAUGGCUGCUAGAGAAACUCAGCUCUACACAAAGAUCUCUAAGAAGCUUAAGGACCAAAUUACCUUCCCUUUUUUGGAAGCACUUCUGGCUAUGGGGUUCCCAGCACACACAGCACAAAAAGCACUGGCAGCUACAGGAAGAAGGACAGUAGAAGAGGCAUCAGAAUGGUUGCAUUUUCAUUACAAUGACCCUUCUUUAGAUGAUCCAAUCCCUCAAGAAUAUGCCCUCUACCUAUGUCCCACUGGACCUCUACUAGAAAAACUGCAGGAGUUUUGGAGAGAAAGCAAACGCCAGUGUGGCAAGAACAGAGCACAUGAAAUUUUCCCGCAUGUGACACUCUGUGACUUCUUUACGUGUGAAGACCAGAAAGUGGAACAUUUAUAUGAAGCCCUGAAGAGAGCUGGUGACAAGAUUUUGAGUUCCUUUCCUUCUACUAUCCCUUUGAGCCUCCAUUCUUCUAUCAGUUACCUUGGAUUCUUCAUUAGUGAUAAUUCUGCAGAUGUUAUUCGAGAAUUUGCCAUGAGUUUUGCAACGGAAGCAUCUAUAUUGGCAGAUUGCAUUAUAAAGCCAUGUACCAAACAACUCCAUCUUACCCUUGCUCAUAAAUUUUAUCCUCAUCAUCAAAAGACUCUGGAACAGCUAGCAAAAUCCAUCGACCAAAUACAAAGUUGUCAAUGGACUGCGGCUCUGUAUUCUAGGGAUAUGCGCUUUGUGCAUUACCAGACACUGAGAGCACUCUUCCAGUAUAAACCUCAGAACAUGGAUGAGCUGAUGCUCACUGCAGGCGACUACAUCUUUGUUGAUCGAACCCAGCAAGCUGAAGCCAGUGAAGGCUGGGUGAUUGGGAUCUCCCACCGAACAGGCUGCAGGGGCUUCGUGCCUGAGAACUACACAGAGAGAGCCAAUGAAUCUGAUACUUGGGUUAAACACAGAACUUAUACAUUUAGUCUAGCCAUUGGUCUAGACCCCAAGGACAGUGAACACAGUACUACAAUGAACUCUAAAUUCCAUCAUUCAUUAAUGACAACAAAAGCAAGCAAAAUACAGGCUUUGAAGGUACUGACACAUAGAAGAAGCCUUUUGGUGGUGCGUCAUGGGGAAAGGGUAGAUCAGAUCUUUGGGAAGUCUUGGUUGCAGCAAUGUUCAACUAUAGAUGGAAAAUACUAUAGACCAGAUAUGAACUUUCCUUCUAAUCUGCCAGAAAGGAAGAAUGGACUCAAAAAUUUUGAAAAUGAUCCACCCUUAUCUUCCUGUGGCAUUUUCCAGUCCAGACUUACAGGAGAAGCUCUACUAAACAGUGGCAUCAAAAUUAGCUAUAUGUACUGUUCACCAGCACUUCGAUGUAUACAGACAGCAAAACACAUCCUAGAAGAACUCAAACAGGACAAAUCACUGAAAAUAAGAGUGGAACCUGGACUCUUUGAAUGGACUAAAUGGGAAAUAGGUGAAACACUCCCUGCCCUCAUGACACUGGAUGAACUGACCAAAGCAAAUUUUAAUGUUGAUGUUGAUUACAGAUCUGAAUUCCCACUUUCCUCCCUGAUGCCAUCAGAAAGUUAUGAUGACUAUGUAAAAAGGUGUUCUAUGACUGUGAAGCAGAUUGUUGCUGCCUGCCCAGGUGGUGUAAUCUCAAUUGUAAGCCAUGGUUCAGCUCUGGACUCCUGCACUCGACCGCUACUUGACCUCCCACCCAGAGACAUCAGUGAUUUUGCACAACUAGUCAGAAAGAUCCCUUCACUUGGCAUGUGUUUCUGUGAAGAAGUGGAAGAGAACAAAUGGCAGCUGAAUAACCCACCUGUUAAAACACUAACUCAUGGGUCAAAUUCAGCAUUUAACUGGAGAAAUUGGAUACAGGAUUCUUAAGAGUUCCCUAUAUUAUUCAAAAGACGAAAAAUAUUUCCUCAUGACAGCACUUAUAGGACUGUAAAAUAUUAUUUUAUAUAUAUAUAUAUAUAAUGAAGGGUUUUUUGUUUCUCUUGGCAUGAGUUGUAAAAGUAAAAUCUACACUUUUGGAUUGUGGUAUAUCUGUUAGUCAUUUUUUAUUCUAGGGAACUCCAAUCUAAGAAUAAAUCAAUCUAUCAGAGGUCUCAUAUUGCAUUCAGGACCUAAGCAUGAUUUAUAUUGGCAUGUAUCUUUAAUGUGUCCUAAGUAUUGAAAAUGUGAAAAUAAAAUUUGCUACAUUUCAUCAAAAUGGUGAAGUAUGGCAAUAAUUUCCAGUUACCCAAGUAGAGAUACAAACAUUUUAUUUUAUAUGCAAUGAGUAUUCUUUGGCCUCACUCUUUUAGGCUGAGACCAAAUACAUCUACCCUUCUAGGAAAAUACUCCUGAGGUGCUGGGGAUAGCUCUUCCCUAAUGCUAAAAACUUGAACACCCAUUCUGGGUAUGUUGUUCCACCCUCAGUAGGUGUCAGUGGCCUCAGUUCCAAAUUCAUCCAAUUCUAAUAUUGAUUAGGUUUUAUAAAAAGAUAUUUACUUUAAAGAUAUAUCAGAAACAGAAGUACAAACAUUUUCCCCAUAACACCUACAAGGUACAUGCUCCCCUCAGUCUCUAGGACAGCGGGCUCAGAUUUAGCAGAAUUUCUCCAUAGGAUUGGUCCCACAAGUUGUCCAAAUUCAGAUCAAUAGCAGAUUAAUCCUGGUCUCAGCUACAAUUUAGCUGGGUCCUGAGUAUCACUCCUUGCUCACAGGGGCACUGAUGCUAGGCUGGCUACAAAAUCCAACAUGGACUCAACUUGAAGUCACUAGGAAUUUGGGAGCUUACCACUCUGACAUUUUGAAAUUCAAAGAUUGUAACCUCCUGGUUAAUCUCUUUAAGAUAAAACAAAUGCUAAUGCCAAGAACUGAGAUGUCUUUUCAUAGAGACACAGGCCUCAGAGAAGAAGAGCUCCUGAAGCCUCUUUCCCUACAACAAUUGCCUUUCAUGUGAUGUUGCCUAGCAGGAAGAAAUCAGCUGGAGAGAGGUCAAAGUGAAAGAAAGGGCUGAGGCUAAGUCUUUUUCAUCUUCCUCCUCCCUCUAGUUCUGGUUUCUUGGAUUCAGCCAAUUUAAAGGGUUCUACUCAAUAUAUGAUUAGGAGACCAGAACCAAUUAUAAAACAUUUAUGCAUGUUCCAAAGCUUCCAUGAGCCACUUUCAUUAAACAUCAGGAUGACGCUCCCAGAUGCAGGUUCCACAGCCUCUUCCAUAUUUAGAAAAUACAUCAGUUGUACUUUACAUGUGUAUAGGUACUAAAGUCAUGGGUCAGUCCUCCAUUAAAUAUAUUUUUUUCAUCUUUUUUCACAUAUCCAUUCUUUAAAACUCUUCUGAGAAUGAAAUAUGAUAUGAUUUGUUUCCUUGCAAGAAAAAAAAGAGAGCAAGAUUUAAUAAAAUGACAUCAAAAAAGCACCAAAUGUAACAAAAUUGUAAAAUGUGCAUAGUAGCUACCCUUAUCUACUGCCAAUAUUUUUAAAAAGUAAUAGGCUAAAUUUAUUAAGAGUGCUACUUAAUAUAAUGUAAAAAUGGUUUAAUUUCUAUAAGUCAUAUGCAGCAACCAAGAUAAAAAAAUUUACGGACCCAGAGAUACCCAAGAUGCAAAUGCAGAAGAAGAGAAUUACUCCAGAACUACAAGCAGAGACUCAGGGAGAAAAAUUGUUAAGGCACAAGCAUUACAAGAGUUCUAAGAAGAAAUGAAGAAAGAAGAUUUUA